AUGUUUGAGCCUCUUCGCGUGGAGCGUGUGCCUUCCCGCAUACAGGCGCGCGAGAACUGCGUCGCUUUCGCUGCACAUCCCGAUCCAGCUUCUGCUACGACCCUUGACUGGGGAUGCUGCACCGUGACAGGCAAACUGGAUCUCGUUUUUCACAGUGCGCAUGACACUUCGACGCGCCCUCGUCUUCCCGGGGCGCGCGAAAAGAAGAAGACGCCUUAUUUUUUUCGCAUUGCCUGCGCCGCCGCGGACUCCGUGCCCGGGUUCCCGCUCCAACCCGCCCACGUGAUGGAUUCCGCCUUCAGUGAGUGCAGCAGCGUGAAGAUGGGGCCGGGGGAGAGAACGGGCGCCGGAGCACAACGUCUGCCAACGGUUGCCAUGCUUCUUCGCGCCUCGAGGACACAGGUGAAUCUGCUCAUUCUUCGCCCACUACCACGUGUGAAGGGGAAAGAAGUUACCAUUCGCUACAAUGCCUUGUUCCUGCCAGCGCCAGAGGAUGCUCGACAUGUACUGAUAAGCCGCUGUGGUGGGGCCGUCUUUUUACUUGCCUCCCAUUUCUCUGGGCCUGGAGGGAGGAUCCAGUGCUACUCGCUUCGCGUCGCCGACGCCCAGCGGCGUGCGCCCUCGUUUCGGACAACGCCUCUGGUGGCGCCUAUGUCUUGUUCAGGAGCUGCGUCUGCGGCGGCGGCGGCCUCCACGAUGGGGUGUAACCAGCUCAUUCUCUGGGCCUCUGUGCGGCGGCCGUUGUGUUUUGCGGCCUCCGUUUCACACGCCAUCGUCGUGGAAGUGGCGGUGCUUACCGAUUAUGGGGCGGCAAUGGUGUUUCAGGUCAGCUUGGGCGACGACACGGAGGGUGCACACGCCACCUGCGCCUGGAUGGGGAGCCUGGGUCCGAACAAGCCCCGCGCGGACGCGCAUGUCCCCCUUGGCGUGAUGCAGCGCUGGCCGACAACGCCCUUCUUUGCGCGUGCCAUAGAUGAGGCGAACGUCCCUGAACCAUCUUUGGAGGGAAACUUGACGCUGCCCGUGCCGCAGUUUUCAUCGGCUAGUCCAAUGUUUUCCGUGAGUCCCAAUGGGGCUGUGCUUUGCGCCGUGUCGCCAAACGAGCACAAGGCGUGGUUGGUGGCUCUUGGCUCUAACGCCAAGGCGCCUGCUACGAUGUCGUGUGCGUCCGCCGCCGUCGCCACGCCCUCUGGUGUGACUUUUUGCGACGUCAGCUGGGUCGCUGGUUCCCUGUGCGGGUUCCUGCUCCUCGGGACCUCCAAGCAGCGCGACGGCGCGACGGCGACGUUGUUUUUCCUUCCGUUGACAGGAGACCAUGCGCCGCUGGAAAUCCACUUGGAUCUGUCCCAUGCGUCAUUUUUUGCGUCCGACGGUGGAGUCUUCUCCUUCUUCUCCCACGCGCCCUCACGAGACGUGUUUGGGGUCGACCGGCUGUGCCUCUCGUUGUAUUAUCGCCCCGGCCGCGGUGGAGAGACCAUGGCGGGUGAGGUGCGCACCGGACUCUUCUCUCCCCCCACGAUGGCUUCACUGACCCCCAUGCGGGCACCGUCUGCGGUGUUGCACAUCAUCUACUUCACAGGGUUGGCUUCGUUUGCCGUGGCGCACGAGGAAAUCACGGCCACAUCCCCCGAAGGAGACACUGCUGCGAGUGCCACUGGAGGGAAUGUAGGCACGGUGCGGCGCAACCCCGCGCUUCUUGCCGCCGAGGACGCGGUGCAGAUGUCGACGGAGGCGGCACUUGAGUCGGCGCUUGACCCCUGGCUCCACGCAGGAAGGGUGGAUUCGAGGUUUCCUCUUCGUGAUGUGGCGCACGAGGUCGUCCAGUCGCUGCUCGAAGGCGUGAAGCACAACCACGACGCAUCCGCGACCCCUCAGCACGGCGAGGGUGAGAAUUAUGCGGCGCUGCUGGCCGUUUUUCGGGCGCUGGCGGACGUCUUUGCGGCGGUCUCUGUGACCUCCGCGUCUGCCGUGUUGCUGCCGUACCUCUCGGAGCUGCACGGACUGCUGGUGAUGCUGCGGCAGGCCCUGGCCGUUAUGGGGCAACGGGGCGCCGUGUCGGCGUGCUUCACGGCGGCGGCGUUUUUUGCGCCUCUCGCGGACGCCGCCGGCGGCGCGCACUGCCCGGAGUGGCGUGCCCUCCUCGCGCCGUUCUUUGAUGACGCCUUUGCACACGUAGCCUCGUGUCCCUCGCUUUCGCACGCGCUCCUGCCGUACUGCAGCGCCGCGCUGCGGCGCGUGAUGUCGACUGGUGAAUCUCUUCUGCUGCGCGAGCAGAAGUGGGAGCAGACGUCGCGCGUCCCGCGCGUGAGGGUGGAUCACAAUGGGGAGGUUAUUCGGCCUCUCGAGGAGUCCCUCGCGCUUGCGCGUCGAGGCAGUUCGGGCUUAGCCAUGCUCUCAUCGUCGGACGUCUGUUGGUCGGCGCGCCGUCUUUUUUUCCGUGACGGCGUCAGCGCCGCACAGUCGUUUCUCAAGACCCUUGCGGGCCAACAUAGCCAAACGCACCCAAAUGUACGUGCCGUGUGCGGGGAAUAUGACCUGGUGCAGGAGGAGCUGGCUGCAGUCACAAACUGUAUCUAG